AGCAGGGAGCCUGAUGCGGGACUUGUUCCCAGGACCCUGGGAUCAUGACCUGAGCCGAAGGCAGACGCUUAACCAUCUGAGCCACCCAGGCGCCCGACACUGUUUUAAAUGUGAGGUAAUCAGUGAAUUGGGCAGACAAGGCACUUGCUCCCAUAGAGCUAAGAUUCUAGUUGGGAGAGAUAUACCAUAAAUAAUAAAAUUAUUAGAUAGAAAUACUGUGCAGAAAGUUGAGUAGGGUUUGGGGGAAGAGAGUGUCUUGUUGGUUACAUUAUUAGUCAGGGAUGACCUCUAUGAGGAUGUGAUUGAGGAAUGACUAAUCAGCGGGAAGAGUUAACACAAAGGAAUUGAAGAAGGCCAGUGUAGUUGGAGUAUAGUGGGUAAUGGGGAAAGGGUACAAGAUAAAUUUAGAGACUAGAUAGAGUCCAGAAUCUUAGAAGUCUUUGGAAGCCAGGGCAUUUUUAUUUAAGAAUGGAAGAGGAUACAGAUUUUAGAGUCAGGUUUAGUUCUUUGUGUUUCAUUACUGAUCAUGUUGGAUUUCAUGGCACUAUAAAAAGCUCACCAAGUGACUUUGUUGUUACAGAGAUUGAUGAACAGGGACAGUUAGUUAAUAAAGCCACCAAUGAAUGGAUCAGUAAAGUACUACCUGAGCCAAAUAAUUUUGCCAAAAAAACAAAACUUGAUUUUCAAAAUUUAUCCUUUAAAGAGGGAAGCAACCAAGAAGUCAAUAUUGUCACUGGGUGCUCUUAUGAUGACCAAAAUCUGACUGACAUCAAGACUGAUGAGUCUGCUUCAGAAAAAGAAGUGAUGGAAAAAAAUGAUGGAACUUCCAAAGGCAAAGAAGAAAAAGUUGAUGUUUUAGGCAACUUGUUAGAUGAAAAAACUAACGAAUUACUGAAUCACUUUGCCUGUGAUAUAAAAGAGAAGUGGAAUUCUAAAACUGAGCUAAUUGGAUCAUCUCCUGAAUUCUCAUUAGGCAGAAUCCUUGACAAAAACCAGAGGGCUAUUUUGCAUAGUGCUGUUAGGCAGAAAUUCCCCUUUUUAAUAACUGUUGGUAAAAACAGUGAGAUUGUUGUAAAACCAAAUCUUGAGUAUAAGGAACUCUGUCACUUGGUAUCUGAAGAAGAAGCAUUUGACUUUUUUAAAUAUUUGGAUGCAAGGAAAGAAAAUUCCAAAUUUACCUUUAAACCUGACACAAACAAAGACCACAGAAAAGCUGUCCACCAUUUUGUCAACAAAAAGUUUGGAAACCUUGUGGAAACCAAAUCUUUCCCUGAACUCAGUUACAAUGCCGGUAAUCCAAAUGUAGCGAUAACAGUAAGAUUUCGGGAAAAAACACACAAGCACAGGAAAAGGUCUCUUUUUGAAUGCCGGGAUCAAAAAGUUAUAUACACAGGGGAGGAACUGAUGGUUCACCAGAGAAUCGUAUGGAGAUAUUGGGAUAUCUACAAGUCCAAGAACAAAGAAAAAGACCAAGCCUUUACCCUACGAAAAGAAAAUCUGGAAAUGUUUGAAGCACUUGGUUUUUUAGCUAUCAAACUUGGUGUGAUUCCUUCAGAUUUUAGUUAUGCAGGCCUAAAAGACAAGAAAGCCAUCACCUAUCAAGCAAUGGUUGUUAGAAAAGUGACUCCAGAGAGGUUGAAAAAUAUUGAAAAAGAAAUCGAAAAGAAAAGAAUGAAUGUGUUUAAUAUUCGAUCUGUAGAUGAUUCCCUUAGACUCGGUCAGCUCAAGGGAAAUCACUUUGAUAUUACCAUCAGAAAUUUAAGAAACCAAAUAAAUGAUUCUUCAAACCUGAGGGAGAGAAUUUUGGAGGCAAUAGAAAAUGUUAAGAAUAAAGGGUUUGUAAAUUACUACGGACCGCAGAGAUUUGGGAUGGGAAGGAAAGUUCACACCGACCAGAUUGGAUUGGCUUUGCUGAAGAGUGAAAUGGUGGAGGCUGUAAAAUUAUUUCUUACACCAGAAGAUUUGGAUGAUCCUGUAAAUAGAGCAAAGAAAUAUUUUCUUCAAACUGAGGAUGCUAAAGGCACACUUUCAUUGAUGCCUGAAUUCAAAGUUCGCGAGAGAGCACUGUUGGAGUCAUUGCACCGCUUUGGCAUGACGGAGGAGGGAUGUAUCCAGGCAUGGUUUUCUUUUCCCCAUUCAAUGCGCAUAUUCUACGUUCAUGCAUAUAGCAGCAAAAUUUGGAAUGAGGCAGUAUCUUACAGAUUUGCAACCUAUGGAUCAAGAGUAGUAGAGGGUGAUCUGGUCUCUUUGGAUGAAGAUGUUGAUGAUGAACAUUUCACAAAUAGUAAAGUUCAUCUAGUGACUGAAGAAGAGGAAUCAGCUAACACAUAUGCAAUACAUCAGGUGGUUCUUCCAGUGCUUGGAUACAAUAUUCAGUACCCAAAGAACAAAAUUGGGCAGUGGUACCAGGAAAUACUUAGCAGAGAUGGACUACAGACAUGCAGGUUUAAAGUACCAACUCUGAAACUCAAUGUUCCAGGAUGCUAUAGACAGAUAUUGAAACAUCCCCGUAAUGUCUCAUACCAACUAAUGGAAGAACAUGAAACUGAUGUCAAAACUGAAGGUUCCCACGUUGAUGAAGCAACUUUAUCUCUUUUGCUGUCUUUCGAUCUUGAUGCUUCGUGUUAUGCGACAGUCUGUCUGAGGGAGAUAAUGAAGCAUGACUUUUAGAACCACUACCCUUGAUAUAAUCAUAUAUAUGUCACUCUUUAAAAGGAAGGGAGCUAAAAUUUCUUGAGCACCUGCCAUGUGCUAGGAGCCUUAUAAUUGCUAUCUCCUGUAAUUACUAAACAUCCUGGUGAAGUAGGAGUUUGAUGCUGAUGUUCUGGAGGACAUAUAGCUAGUAAGCGCAGCAUCUGAAUUCAAGACCCCAAAGCCUAUGUUCUUUCUGUUAUCUAAUGUUUCGGUGAUCUUUAUUCUGUGUUAUAAAAUUUAUAAUCUUUCUUGACUAUUCAAAACAAAUAAUACUGCAAGAUAACAUGUUUGGAGUAAUGUUUAUAUCCUCUAGUUCCUUGCUUAAAAUGUAGAUGAAACUAGAUUGUAAGAUGGUUGGAGAGAAACAGAAAUGAAGCAUUUUGUUAAUUAUUGUCAUUCUUUUCUGUUUUUGAAAUUACUGAUCAGAAUAAUACAUUAGGGAAAUACAAUCCCUAUAUUUAUGAUAGCUACCCCAGGGUAGCUUACCCCUUAAUGAGAUAAAUUAUCUUCAGUGAAGAUUGAAAGAAAAUUUUUCAUACACUUUCUUUAUCUCAACAUACAUUGACCCUCUUGACUUUUUGCGAUAUUUUUUCCUAUUAUCUAAAACUUAAAUUUUAGAGUCAGACAGACCUGGGCUCAGACUCCAGCUCUGACACUUACUAGUGACUUUGGGCAUGUUAUUGAUUCUUUUUGAGGCUUACUUAAAGAAUUAAGACAGCACCAACCUCAUAAGCAACAAGUAAUAGGAUUGUCUCCACCUUUUAUGUGCUAGAGGAAGAAAACAUUUUGCCCAUUUGAAAAUUGAAAUAUUUAUUUAAGUGUCCCACAUCAUAAAUCAUCCUUAACCACUUUAAAUCAGUUAAAUUUGGGAGGGAUGGUAUAUAUUGAUCAGGAAGAUCUAACAUUCUUUCAUUUUUGGUAGUAUAACAUGAUGAUGAAAUUUAAAAAGUGGUAUGGAGAAUUACAUGUCAGUAAUGUGGCAUUUUUAUAUACUCAAGUCAGUGAAACUAUUUUGGGUAUAGUAGCAUAAGGAAAUAAAAUUCAAAAGAAGGAAAAGAGCUAUAUGCAAUGCAAAAUUUGCUCAUUGUAACAUUUUUAUAUAAAAUGAAAGAAAUUAUAAUUGUCUGAAAGUCCAGCAUUAGACAACUAAAGUAAGUAAAAUGAGAUAUAUCAACUUGAUGGCAAAAUAUGUAGUUAUUAAAAAUGAUGAUAAAAGUUUAGGUAUGUGAGAAAAUGUUGCCCUUCAAACCUAGAGCAAAGAUAUUACAAAUGAAGUAUACACACUGAAUGCAGCUUUUACAGAGAGGCACUUUAGCAUAGUAAUUAAAAGCAUAGUUACUGUGGAAAAACUCCCCAAGUUUGAACCUUGGCUGUGCCACAUAGCAUGUGGCCUUAGACAAGUUAUUUAAGCUUUGUAUGCUUUGGUUUCAACAUCUAUGAAAUAAGAAUGGUAAUGUACCUACCUCAUAGGAUUAUUGUGAGGAUUUACCAAGUUCACAAAUGUACAGCAGCUUAGAAAAGUACGUGCUACUUAGUUAUUGUUAAAUAAGUAUCUGCAGAUGCAAGUUUGGAAGGAAGAGAAAAAACAUGAAAAUAAGUUUCUUUUUUGUCAUUAUAUAUUUUAAUAAUAAAUCUCAGAACACAAAAAUUGGACUUUGUAGUACCAUUGGAUUUUUAAAAUUACCUUUAUCAUCUUAAUAUUUAUUGAAAAUAAAAUGCUAUAUUAAGUACUAAAAAAUUUAGAAAAAAUGCCAUUUCAUAUAAUAAAUUAUAUUUAUUUAUUAUAUGUAAUAUAAUGCAAAUGUAAUCAGAAAGUGAAUUAUGUAAAUUAUUCAAUUCUAGAUGUCCUAAAUGUUGGGUAGCAAUUAGAAAAUAUGAAAGCAUUAAAAUGUGCUGUCAUUGAUAUUUUCUUUGCCUGUAGAUGGCACUAUGAUUUUAGAUAUCGUAUUUAUUUAUUUACUACUUCGGCCAUAUGUAAGGAAAGAAUCACUAACCUUAUUUCAAGUCACCAUAAGAUGUAUUCAGAUACUGUUGAUGUGGAAAAUUAUUUUAUAUGCCAGUAAUAUUUGACAUGCUAAUUUUUUUUCAGUGUAAGGCCUUGAAUAUACUUUGGACCGAAUGAUGACCAAUCACCUAGGUUUUUGCAGUUUUUUCCUGGGCAUUUCAGGCCUUCAGAAGGAUAAUCUUUGGAUUAGUUUUAAUUUUCAAGGUUGUUUUUGAAACUGAGCCUCAGGAUUACUAAGGUAAAACAAAUUGAGGUCUUUUUACUAAGCUAAAAACACUUCGAUGUUUGUGACUUAGGCUAAACUGAAAGUCAUAUGCGAGUUUCAAUUCAAGUAACAUUUAUUGUUUGUUGUGCCAGCGCUUCUGCUUCUCUCAUUUUAAUCCAUAUACCCAACCUAUAGGUAGGUAAUAUUUUCCCUGAUUUUGCAGAUGGGAAAAUAUCUGGGUGGUUUACUGACCUAUCCAAGGUCAAUCAAGAUAGUAUGUGGCUGAACUUGAUUAUGCUUCGUAGAUCAGUACUGUUUUCAUCUACCUAAUAUUUGCCUUCUGAAAACAGGUUUUUUUGUUAACGACUUUCAUUUCCACUAACUCAGUAUUACUUGCCACUGAUUAAUAGGCAUAUUGGAGCAUGUCUUGAGAGAAACAAGGUUCCCUUUUGAGAUUCUGAGACCAAAAUAAAAGUAAAGGAGAUCCUUCAGGAAAUUCCCAAAUCAUUUUGGAAUAUUUUCCAGAAUACUUUGGGACUUGUAUCACAUUGUUAGGCAAAAUUAUUGCAAGUCACAGGAGGUUAUUUUAGAUGGUACCCGGCACAAUACUAAUAUUGAAAAAGAAGGGUGAGAGAGUUGCUCUUUUUUUAGAAAAUCUCAUGAAACACUAACAACAGUGUCCAGCACCUAAAUUCUCAGUGUCAGCUACUGUGCUAUAUGAUGAAAGUUUUACAAUGGACUGGUUAAUGACUUCCCCUUGAGAUCUGAUCUGACUCUGUCUUAGCGUAAUUAUAAUUCAGGACACUUUUAGAUUUAUUUAUUUUUUUUGUAAGUGGAAAUAACUAUUUCUAAGAGCAAUUCAUUCAAAUUAAGAUCUUUAAGAACUAUCUGGGUCAGUGUUUUCAGUAUUUUCCACCUGGGAACUACCUUUAGGAGACCAAAAAGAAAAUGAAGCCCCAGGUUAACAGUGAACUUUUCUUGCAUUAAUGUAAGGAUAGAAAAAAAGCUUGGAGGAAGAUAUGGAAGUGAGGAAAAUAGUACUUCUCAUUUUUUUUUCUCACUUUACCUCUGAAGUGUUUGGGUUUUUAAGUAAGAAUAUAUUUGUGUAUUAAUUUUGCACUUAAAAACCUUGAAGAAGGGGCACCUGGGUGGCUCAGUCGGUUAAGCAUCUGCCUUUGGCUCAGGUCAUGA